CCGCAGAGCAACUCUCGUGGGCUUCCCUGACGGUUAGUCGUUUCAUCUCUCUACCAGUGAAUCGACAGUGAUCAUCCACCAACGCCAACCGGAGCUAUAAUAAGCGACCAUGAAGUGGGGUUUUGUGAUAACCCUUCUGGCCUCUCUAGCUGUAGCAGGUGUGCUUGGCCAGCCACCGCCACCGGGCCUGCCACCCCGACCUCCCGGGACACGUCCGCCGGCACCAACCAAACCGCCGGCACAACUUGCAUGCCCUACCCUGGAGUGUGGCCCGACAGUCAUCCAGUCCUGUUCCAGACCAGCCGUAUUUGUUUCAGGCAGGUGUCGCACUUGCCCCGUCUGUCCCAUGAUAUCUGAUGUCUGCGACACGGUGAGAUGCGGUCCAGAAGAGGUUUGCACGGAGCAGAACGGAAUGGCAGUCUGCUGCAGAAGGUUUAUGGUGCGUGGUCGGCGUCAAAUCGAAGAGCCAGAGUGCCCGGAGCGUGCUGGUGUCAAUCGAGGAGAAUGUGGUACCCAAUUCACGUGUCUUGAAGACGAAGUCUGCAUGGCCAAUCGCCUCGGCCAUUUCUGCUGUCCGGCAGAACAAGAUUCGGAAUGCACUGAGAACAAGAGGUUGGCAUACUACUUCAGCUGCCGCACACCCACAUCGACAUCCGAGCAGUCUAACAGCAACUGCAGAUGCCAGAAUGUGAGGAGCGCUGCUGGAAAGUGGGGGAGACGGUGUCGCUGCGGCUUUGGACUAGUCAACAUGCUCGGACGCGUGCUCAGAAGUGUGUCACAGUGCCGUGCUGCUGAUACGGCUCAGUCAACUGGUCUGGGACCACAGGCUGCCCAGCCAGUCGAACGCAUUAACCUUGUUGAGCCAACGGAGCCCGUCGAAGUGGAGGAGACGGAGGCGCCAGAACCAACCGAGCCCGCCGAAACCGAGGAACCGGAAGAAACCGAGGAACCGGAAGUCGGAGGAGGAGGUGGACUGUUUCCACAGCAAAUCCCGACAAAGGGGACCUGGCCGCAGGUGACGGAGGGUGAAUGGGAGGGGCCCGAAGAGUGGGAAGAGCCUGAGGAGCCGGAGGAGGAGGAGGAGGAGGAGGAAGAGGAGCCUGAAGAGCCAUAGGAGCCGGAGGAGCCCUGAUGAAUGCGGUGAGAAGAGAAGUCGACGGGGACGCAGGUCCAUGGAUGUUGCAGAUAGUAUUUCUAAAAUAUUCCUGUGCUUUCUUUUCACGGUUCCUAAUAUCAGGGGACCAAUUUCUAUCACACUGUUCCCAUAUUUGGAGUAACCACAUUCGUAUCCCGAUGACUUCAAGUUUUAAACUAUAGAGUAAUAUGAUGAGGUCACUAUUUCA